GUGGGCCGCUGUGGCGGGGUCUGGGCCGCUGGGCGGCGCUGUGGGCCCGGUGCUGAGGUUGGGGCCUAUGAGCGCGAGAAGUUUACAGCCAUCAACAGAGAGACAGUGAACACAGAGUGUGUGUGUGUGUGUGGGAGAGAGUGAGAGUAACAGAGGGAGGGAGUCGGGGCGGUUGGGUCGGGUUCCCGGGCGGGAAUGGACCGGAACCCGUCGCCGCCGCCGGGCGGCUCUGAGUGGGAGGAGGAGGUGGUGAGAGGCGACGCCAUCGGGGACACAGUGUACAGCAGACACUGGCUCUUCAGCACAUUACUGAGGCUCAUACAGCUCGUGACUCCUAAGGGUGACGAUUCAGACUCGGUGGAGACGGAGCUGGAUGAAGAGGUGGAGAGUGAGAUUUGUAAGGUCUGGGACAUGUCAAUGGAUGAGGAUGUUGCUGUUUUCCUCCAGGAAUUCAACGCUACAGACAUCCUUCUGGGUGUCAUUGGAAAAUCAAAGUGUCCUCGACUGACGGAGAUCUGUGUGGGCAUUCUGGGCAACAUGGCGUGUUAUAAGGAAACCUGCCGCUCCAUUACCAGCAACGAGAACUUGGUUGAGGUGCUGAUUUUACUGCUCGGUGACACGGACCCUCCCACUCUCCUGGAGACCAGCAGGUUGAUACUGACGUGUCUCUCUCAGCCUGACAUGGCCAGGACCUGGGCAGAGCAGAUUGAUAAAGAACGGUCUGUUCAGGAGAAUGUCUGCUUCAUAAUGAGGAGCUCCACAAACUCUGAUUUGCUGGUGAAGGUCGGUGAGGUGGUGGAUAAACUGUUCGACUUGGACAAGGAGCUGAUGCUGAGCUGGGUUGCGGGCUGCAAGCCGCAGCCUGAGGCCUCGGGCCUUGAGCAGGAGGAGGGCUCGGAGCUGGAGCUCAUCCCCUGCUUACUGGAAGCUGCCAGGCAACUCAGGUCGGACAGCACUGAGGGGCUGGAGGUUUACAUGCACAUCCUGCAGUUGCUCACCACGGUGGAUGAAGGGAUCCAGGCAAUAGUGCAGUCCCCAGACCGGGGCAAGGAGACAUGGGCCUUGCUGUAUGAGGUUGUGCGUGCUGAUCUGUGCCAGGCUGACGAACCAGCCAUCACCAUUGAGGAGCAGGCGGGGUUGCUGGCCCCCACCCUUGCAGUCCUCUCUGCGCUGUUUGCCUCCCACCUGGAGGCCGACUACAUCAAGGCAGAGGAACAUCGCAUUCUGCUGACCAUCCUGCUGCGAGUCUUGUUGUACAUGGAGGAAUGUAGGAAGAAGCCUCGGGAGGGAGUGAGGAAAGCCAGUGUGGACCAGUGGUCAGUGCCCCAGCCCCAGCCUGGGGCACCGAGGCCCAAGCGACGAGAGGGAGACGUCCACCUGACCAUCCUCCAGGAGGUCUGCUGUGACUUCCUCUCAGAACUCUUCAUGGAAGUUUCCAAGGAGACGGUGUGUCAGGGGUUUAAGGACGGGAACCUGAGCUUGGAGAGCUGUAGCCGGGCCCUCCGGCACCUUCUCCCCCUCCACCACACGCCGGUUAAACGAUUUCACCAGUUGCUGACAGAGGUGGAGCCAGACUGUGCGGAGAGAUUACUGCUGGAGUUUCCCAGCCUCAAGUCCUGAGUGGCCAGGUGUAGAGUCACGGCUACGGAGGAGAGAGCAGGGGCCGAGUUGGUAGCAGGCGGGGCGGAGGGAGAGAGAAGCUGUGCCUAAUACACCUUCAGUGGACAACGUCAGAACCCCCGGGGUUGGCUUCUGAACAGUGAUGUAUACAUUCUUACCCCCACUCCUCACAAAACAAGACUGAGACGGACACUUGCCUCGUUCACUUUGUCGACUGUGACUGAAGCUUUCUACUGGCGUCCGACGUGUAGAUGAACUGACAUGAUGGAUUGACAGCAGCCGCAGGGCCUGGUGGUGCUUGGAGCCGAGCCCUGUCCUGGUUAAGCUGUGGCCUCUCAGGGACCUGCCACUGGGCAGUGCUGAGGCUUGUGCUGGCAAACCGUCCCCUCAGCCCUCGUCCCCACCCUGAUGUACAUAGCCCUGAUUCCUGAGUUUGUACAAUAAAUGACGCUCUGUCGCG